CACCUGGGCGGGGCGGGGCCACACCUGGGGCGCGGGGUCAGUGCGGCGGCGGCGGCGAUGGCGAUGGCGGGCGGGGUGCGGCGGGGCGGCGGCGGAGCGCGGCCUCUCGUGCUGCUGUGCGCGGCGGCCGUGUCCCUGGUGGGCGCCCAGGUCACCUCGGAGACGAAGGAAGUGCCUGAGAACCAACCCGUGGACAUCCCGUGCUCUGCGUACCGCUCCAGCUGGACCGACAUCCGCAUCGAGUGGAAGUUCCAGAAGGGCUCUUCCCUGGUGCUGUUCUACUAUGGGGGAGAGCUCACAGACCCCUACAAGAACCGCGUCCGCUUCUCCGUCACCUCCAUCCACUUCACCGCGGUGACGCGGGAGGACACGGGGAAGUACAUCUGCGAGGUGGUGGGGGGCGGCUCCCAGAUCGCCAAGUCGGAGGUCAACCUCAUCGUCCAGGUGCCCCCCUCCAAGCCCACUGCCCACGUUCCCAGCUCGGCCACCAUCGGCCGCACUGCGGUGCUGCGCUGUUCGGAGUCGGAGGGUUCGCCCCCCCCCACGUUCCGGUGGUACCGGGACAGCAUGCUGAUCCCCGCCGACCCCCGGAGCAGCCUCAGCUUCCGCAACUCCUCCUACACUCUGGACUCCACCACCGGGGAGCUGCUGGCUGUGCUGCUGGCCCUGUGGUUGGCGCACGGCCGCGGCCACCACACAAAGG